UCGCAGCGUCCGGCUCUCUCCGUCCUCUGCAAGCAUGAGGCCGGCCUUCCCGGCCUGGGCAGCGGCCACGGUGCUGCUUGUGGGACAUUUGACAGCUUCGGGCAACACGGGAGCUGGGGAAGCAUUGCAAAUCCGUAUCGUCAAUUUUAAUUUCGAGAGCGUGCGGGUGAUGUGGAAUGCCAGUGAAGGCGUGGGCACCAAUCUGACUUUCCUGUACAGUUUCACGAGCAUGAAGACGAACAAGCACUGCUCCAGCUAUAUUCUCCAGGAAGGUCGCACGGCUGGCUGCCUCCUGGACGCCCCGGGGGAUGAAAUCCUGUCUUUUUCCAUCUGGAACGGAACGCAUCCUGUUCUCAACAACAGCGUCUGGAUCAGCAAUUUCUUGAAGCCCAGCCUCCCGAAAGAGCUGCACUUCCAGUGGCGUCAGGAGGCCCUCACGGUGACGUGUCCCGAGCUGCCCUACAGCGAGCUGCUGUACGAAGUCCAGCACAGAAGCCUCUUUGACAGCGAGUGGCAGGCCAAGGAGGAAAACACGUGCAAUGUGACGAUAGAGAGUCUGGAUAUCGAUAAAUGUUAUUUCGUCCGGGCCAGAGUGAAAACCAUGGAGUCCGGCUACGGCUCCGACACGUACCCCAGCGACUGGUCCGAGGUGGCACACCUGCAGGGGGCUGAGCUGAGAGAUUCGUGCCAAGAGAAAACGCUCUUCCCCAAGUUUGUUUUAAUGUCUGGCUUGGUCGUCUUCCUGAUUAUGUUCCUCGUGUUUCUGUUGGUAUGGAAACUGCGGAGAGUUAAGAAGCUCCUCAUGCCCAGCGUGCCUGAUCCCAAAUUCACCUUCCCCGGGCUCUUUGAGGCACACCGGGGCAACUUCCAGGAGUGGAUUAAGGACACCCAGAACGUGACCCAGUUGGACAAAGUAGAAGAGAGGGAGCAGGAGUGUAUUCUGGAAGAGGCCCCAAUGGUCCAGCACUCCAAGGCUGAGAUGGAGACACCCACGGAAACGAUGAUCGGCCCCCUGUGCCUGCAGACAGGGGACAAAGAAGCCGCUGGAGACCCCGGCCAACCCCCUUGCCAGCGUCCCCAAGGCGAAGAGGUGCUGUCUCUCGGGAGCUUUACGUUUGUGAUCAGUGACAACUCAUACGUGACGUUAUGAGGGGCUGCAAAUUCAAAGCCGAUCUCGGGUCUGUGUUGACAUUUAAAGACCGAGGGGGGAACUUCUUAGAAACUCAAGACCCACCACCAUGAAGAGAACGCCCCGGACGAAUAAUGCCAACAUCUGGGGACACCAAAGACCCCCACCGCCCAACCCAUGCACUUGAGUCUCAUCCCAUCUUUGUCACUAUUCGAGGGCUUGAAGAAGGAUUCAGCGUAGGUGGGAGACACCUGCUGGGAGCGGUGUUUUGCUCUCAGCUUGCGUGUCUUCAUGCCUGAUGUGGGCACAGAAUGGGCAAAGAAGCAUGGCCUGGGCUCCCUGCAACCACCUUCCUUCCUGCGUGGCCCCCACCCCCUACAUGUUGCUCUUUCUCCAUUUCCACUUGCCAGCACUCUCUCAGAUCUUUUGUUACGUGCAUCCAGCAAGCAAAAGGCAUCCUGCUGUACAAAUGCCAACCAGCCACUCAGCUCUGGAUCUAAAUGGAGACAGAGACCCACUUGGCAGCAAUUGGGGUGUUUUCUCCCCGAGACUCUGUUCUUCUUCCCGAGUCCACACGCACCACCUGGGUCUGCGACUCAGAGAUGGGUAGAAUUUCAGGACGUGCUCUAUACCCGGCCACAUGAAGCACCCCCUCCACCCCCACGGA